AUGGGCCUCGAGAUGGUCGCUGGGACGCGUGUGUACGUGCCGGACGAGACGCACGUGUGGCUACCGGCCGACGUCGUCGCCCAUGACCCGGUCGCGCAGACGGUCCGCGCCAAGGUCCGCGGCCUCGACGGCGCGGUAAGCGUCCGCGAGAUCGACCUGCGCGACAAGAAGACGCUGGCGCUCAUGGCCGCCAAGAACGCCGGCGCGUCGUCGGCGCUGCCCAUGCAGAACGAAGCGGUCGGCGUCGAUGACAUGAUCACGCUCAGCUACCUCCACGAAGCCGCGAUCUUGUACAACGUCAAGGCGCGCUUCCUCGCCGAGCGUCCGUACACGUACACGGGCGACAUGUGCAUUGCGCUCAACCCGUACCAGUGGCUACCAUCGCUCUACACGGACGAGAUGCACCGCAAGUACUUGAACGAGCCGAAAGCGUCGCUGCCGCCACACGUCUACGCCACCUCGAUCGGCGCGUACAAUGGCAUGCGCCGCAGUGGGCGCAACCAGAGCAUCCUCGUCAGCGGUGAGUCGGGCGCGGGCAAGACGGAGACGACCAAGAUCCUCAUGCACCACCUCGCGGCCAUUGCCGGCGGCCUCCACGACUCGACGAUCGAGAAGAUCAUCCAUGUCUCACCGCUCCUCGAGUCGUUCGGGAACGCCAAGACGGUCCGCAACGACAACUCGAGUCGGUUUGGCAAAUUUACGCAGCUGCAGUUUGACGCAAAGGGCACGCUGGUCGGCGCCAAGUGCAACACGUACCUCCUCGAGAAGACACGCGUCGUGUCGCACGAACCACAGGAGCGCAACUACCACAUUUUUUACCAGCUUCUCGCGGCCAAUGGCCCCGACUGCCUCUUGGACCCGACCGAGACGUAUACGUACACGGGUGCGACGACGGUGGCGGCCAUCGAAGGCGACUCGGACGCAGCGCAUUUCGCCAAGACCACACAGGCGCUGUCCCGCCUCGGGCUCUCGGCGGCGGCGCAGACGACGCUCUUUCAAACGCUCGCCGGUAUCUUGCACCUCGGGCAGCUCCAGCUCGAAGCCAAGGGCGAUGAAAUGUCGACCAUCGGCCAUGGCUCGACGGGCCACCUCGUGGCGAUCGGGAAGCUCCUCGGUGUCGAGACGACGGCGAUCACGCGGGCCAUUUGCUCGCGUACCGUGCGGACGUCGACCGACACGAUUCAAGUGUAUCUGAAAAAGGCCGAAGCCGAAGGCUGCCGCGAUGCGCUGGCCAAAGGACUGUAUGCGAGUCUCUUCGAGUGGCUCGUGACCACGAUCAACGCGUCGCUCAGUCACGACGCGAACAUGGCCCAUCACAUUGGCGUCCUCGACAUUUUUGGGUUCGAGCACUUUACGACCAACUCGUUUGAGCAGUUUUGCAUCAACUAUGCCAACGAGAAGCUGCAGCAAAAGUUCACCCAAGACGUCUUCAAGACGGUCCAGAUCGAGUACGAGGACGAAGGCAUUCGGUGGGCGCACAUUGCGUUCCUUGACAACGCUGACGUCCUCGCCGUCAUCGAGUCCAAGCUCGGGCUCCUCUCGCUCCUCGACGACGAAGUCAUGCGACCGCGGGGCAACGAAGAGUCGUUUGUCGCCAAGGCCAUGACGCUCCACAAGGACGACGCCAACACGGUCAUUGAGUUUCCGAAAACCAACAAGGCGCAGUUCACCAUUCUCCACUACGCGGCGCCCGUGACGUACACGGUGACUGGUUUUCUGGAAAAGCACAAGGACGCGCUCUUGCCGGACCUCGCGGACCUCGUUCGGUCGUCGUCGAUUCCGUUUGUGUCGGAGCUCUUUGGCAAGCCGGCGGCGCCCCGGCAGGGCCGCGCGCUCAACACGACGACGGUCGGCAUGCAGUUCAAGGCCAGCCUCGCCGACCUCAUGGCCAACAUCCAAGCCACCAACGUCCAAUACAUUCGCUGCAUCAAGCCCAACGCGAUCAAGCAGCCCGGCGUGUUGGACCAUACGAUGGUGGUCGCGCAGCUGCGGUGCGCCGGCGUCAUUGAAGCCAUCCGGAUCGCCCGCGCUGCGUACCCGAUUCGGCACACGCACGACGCGUUCCUCGACCUCUACCGUGUCUUGCUGGACCGGAAAUUUGCGUCUCGACGCUCCGCCGAGCAGUGCGCCUCGCUCAUUGCACCCCUGAACCUCGAGACGCCGACACACUACCAGCUGGGCCGGACCAAGGUGUACUUUCAGGCCGGCGUCCUCGAAGCGCUCGACCAAAUCAAGCGCACGCGCUUGACGGUGCACGCACUUCGGAUUCAGCGCUUUGCGCGCAUGUGCCUCGCCCGAUUGCACUAUCGGCGCCAACGUGCGGCGAUCGUCAAGCUCCAGGCGGUCGUGCGCUGUGUGCUCGCGAUGAAGCGGUACCAUGCGCUCUACAACGGGAUGCUGGCGCUCCAAGCUCGCUGGCGCGGCGUGAAGGCGCGUCGCGUCUUUGCCGUCAUGCAGCGCCGCCACAAGGCCCUCAUUGUGCUAAGCCACGUCCGUGGGUUCGCCGUCCGGCAACGCUUCGUGCGGCUCAAGCGCGCGGCGACGACGAUUCAAGCGGCGAUGCGCAUGCACUUGGAGCGCAAGAACUUUCGGACCAAGCUGGCCGAGCACCGCGAGCAAGUCACCAUGUCGACGCAGCUCCGCUCGUUGCGCGUGCGGCUCCAAGUCGAGCAGACGAAAGACGAGGAAGAGGUCGUCGCACCCGCGCCGUCGACGACUGCUGCACUUCUCCACCGUCAGCGGAGCAAGUCGAGUGCGCAGCUGGUCAUGGCCGACGCCGACGGCAUGAUUGGCCGCAUCUACGACGACAAUGCGCGUCUCCGCAAGGAGAACGACGACAUGAAGACGAUGUUUCAUACGAUGCGGGACGAGUGCGACAAGCUCAAGCAAGAGAAGGAGAUGCUUCUCGCGACGCACCAGCUCAAGCUGCGCCAGCAAGACGAUCUUUGUCGGGAGAAAGACAAGACGAUUGCGCAGCUCCAGAAAGACCUCGAGAAGCUCCGUGCGUCGGGUCAUAAUGGCGUGCCAUCGGCGCCGACAUCGGCGUCGUCCAAGCCGAGGGGCUCGACGUUCCGGACGCUUGGGUCCAAGAAAGAGUCGAGCAGUAGCAGUCAGCCGCGCGACUCGCACGCGCUCCAAGAGCUCGAACAGGCGGCGAUUUUAUCGGAAAAAUCUGCGACAACCACGCAGUUUCUGCAAGACUCGGCGCAGAAGCUCUCGACGGCGCUCGAUGUGGACCCGACCGCGACGCGCCUCGCCCUCUCCAACGGACUCGUGAGUGCCCGCACGGUUCGCGCGUCACCGGCGGUGUCGAGUUUGCGGGACCGCCUCGCGGGGCUUCGCAACAAGUACCACAACAUUGAUCUCGGCGAUGAGUUUAUGCCACGGCCAUCAGUCACCGACUCGGUCUACCGCGGCUCGAUGAUGCACAGCUUGAUUCUCCCGCCGGGCUGGGAGAUGCGCAUGUCCCGCACCAAAGGUCGGCCGUAUUUCCUCAACGAAGAGCUUCGGCUGACGCUUUGGGACCCGCCGACCGAAGAGAACGUCGCGCGCGCCAUGCGCAAGCGCGAUAGUGCGGGCCGACAGAGCAUGGCGUCGACGACGAGCGAUGCGCAGUAGAACGAAAUACGCCAACACACCAGACGACACGCAGCUAUACUGCAGAUAGUUAGCCCAUGAUACCAUGCGCCUGAAUGCACAUCCGCGAGCCA